AUGAUGAAAAAUGGUGCAAUAGUUUUGCUAAAUAUUGCUGAGAGUGAAGCUCCCAAUUAUUUUCAGAAAAUGAAGAAUGGAAAUGGAAAACCACUUCACUCAUUUGAUUUUGAUCUUUUAUCCAAUUUCUCUCCUCAAAAUAUUAAUUUCUCUUAUUUGUUUUCAAGUCAUAUUUCUUGUAAAAUGUGCAAAUUUCAUUUUAGUAAGGCAUUUUCUUUGCACAUUCUUAUGAAUGUCAAAUAUCUGAAGAUUAUUAUAUGUUAUAUUUGGAAUAAUUUUUUGUUGUUUUAUCUUUUGAUUGAUAUUUGCCACUCUCAUUUGAAUAACUAA